UCAUGCGACAGUUUUUGUGUUGUUUCAAUCACCUUGUGUGAAUACUCCUUGUGCUACUGCCUGCUACCUUAUAUAAAUACGUCUUGGUGUGUACAAUUAUGCAAUUUGACAACACUACUCUCAGCUGUGCACUUUUCGAUAAUAGUUGUGCUCAUCUCUAAAUUAUUGCAAUCACAACUCAAAUUUUAUUUUGUUUUGUUUUGUUGAUGGGUGUUUAAUUUGAUGGACUUUUCUUGUAUUAAACAUAUAAUUCCAAAUGGUGCGAAUACGUGGAAUCAAGUGUGCGGUAGCAGACGAUAAUCAUAAACUGCAGCAGCCCAGCACUACUAUUAAGGAUCCCAGGCUUAUAGAAUUCGUGCGCAAACGACGGAUUGAUUUUCGCGCUGAAGAGCCGGUUUGUAAAAAAUGUGCCGAGGGGUUGAAGAGAAUAUAUUUGGAGAAGCUUAAGCGAGCCGAAGAACUAAAAAAAACGCAAAGAUCUUUGGAGUUAUCCUCAUCAGUUACAGAUCAAGAAGAAACCAUUACCAGCCGACAGCAACGGGCAUUGCAAGCGGCAAAGAAAAGUACCACAACUACAACGACAACAGGAGCCAGUGAAGAGCAACAUAGUACCUCACAAUCAACACUUGACGAAGGGCCAUCCACUAGUGCGGCGGCAGCGGCGGCAGCGGCAGCCCGAAAACGUAGACAUGUGGUGGCAGAUGAUACAGAUGCUGAUGAUGAUGACGAUGAGUAUGUGCCUAGUCCAAAUGCAUUAAAUGGUACACGCCUACCAAACAUACAGCCCAUACCCAAGCGCAAAAAAUUUGUACACGCAAACCCAGAUGUGCUAAAUAUCUAUAUGGCGGGUAUAACAGGCGGGUAA